AUGACAACUUUGCAACUUAGAAUCAAGUUUCCACCUGAAUAUCCAGUGAUCUAUAAGACACUUAGACUAGAUAGUUCAUUCACAGUACAAGAGGCCAUUGCAUCCAUUGGACACACUAUCAAUGUCAACCCCUCGCCAGACAUUGGUCUCUACUUGCCGGACUCCAAAAAGAACCUUCCCGAGACACAACUGCUAUCCACAAUCGACAAUAUAUCAACAGUUCAAUAUUUAGAGCUAAAGUCAAAGAAGGCAGCGUCAUCAUCUGGCAACAAGAUGAAAUGUUGUAGCAUUAUGUAA